AUGGAUAACGAGGUCCCUCUUCCUCCACCGCGGCGCAUUCGUCACCGAUCACCGCGCGGAAGCGCAAGUGCACGCGGCCCCUCCCCCUCAACUUCGCUCGCGUCGUCAUUUCGUAAAACGCACAGACUCUCUCGCUUCGAUGAUUGCUCGAGUCAGCCAUCGAGUGACCCGGCGCUUUUCUCCAGCGAUGAUAUCCCGGCAUCGGGACUCGAGAACUAUAAUGCGGGGCCGAUGACUGGCGUUGGGAGGAAGAGGCGGUAUCGUGGGACCUGGUGGGGAGAGAAGGCGAUUGACCCGAAGAAGAAGAGGGCAGAUUUCAAGGAGAAGAGAAAUGUGGAUAGUGGUGUUUGGAUGGGAAGUGACGAGUCUGGCGCGGAGUCGCUUUUGCAAUCCGAGGAUGGGCCGGGCUGGGGGGGAAGAUCUGUUGAAGACGGUGUUGGAUCCGAAGAGCUCAGGGAAGAGUUAUGGAGCACUGGGAUCACGCCUGAUGAGUCGGAGGAGCACCGAUUUGCGAGAUCUGUGGUGAACGAUUGCUUAGAAAAGGGGGAGGAGAUCGUUGAUCUUGGAAACUUUAACAUGCGCUCUAUUCCAGCAGGUCUACUUUCACCUUUACAGCUCUUGACCAAGGCGGCACCAUUGGCCGAAAACUUUUUCAGCUCUCUGCAACCAUUUCUUAGCAUAUAUCUUUCUGGAAAUGCACUUUUGCAGCUUCACAACGAGCUUUUCGAGUUGAGCAUUCUUAAAGUCCUUAGCGUGCGAAACAACAAGCUCCAAGAGCUCCCUUACACAAUCCAGAAACUGAGAUCCUUGGAAGUUCUCAACAUAUCUGUGAACCGAUUGACAUAUCUACCAUGGGAACUCCUCAAAUUAUUCGAGCAUGGCGAACUAAAGCACCUGACCGCAUGUCCCAAUCCCUUCCUACAAAUCGAAGAAUGCCCCAUCAAGACAUGGCAUUGCGAGCGCAUACAGAAAGAAACAGAGCCGAGAAGCGAAAGAUACGACCUGGACUCCGAAUCCGAAUGUGAACCAGAACCAAUCUAUGAGUCCCCUCGAUUCGAGGAAUAUGAGGAUGUACCACCACCAAGUGCCUGGACUGCCAUUCACGUAGCCACAGGGCCAAUAACCCGAUUCGACAUGGAGGGCCGAGCAAUCGAAGAGAAUCCAAAAUUCAGUCUAGUCACAACAGCAUGCAGAUUCAGCUCAGCAUCUGCCCCAUCCUCACUCCGCGAGCUGGCUCUACGCGCUGUGUGUAAAGCUUACCCAAGCCUGGAAUAUACCAACGAUGAAGAAAUCGCGGCAGAAUUCCCACCAUUUGUGGCUCCAUUACUACAAAAAGCGAAGAAGGUUCAGGCCGCAGGUGGACAACAGUGUUCUGUUUGUCAAAGGGAGUAUGUCAUUCCUCGAACAGAAUGGCUGGAGUGGUGGGAUUGUACUCCAUAUGAAAAUGGCGGGAAACGACCGCGUGCAUCGGGGGAGAUGAUUCGUCCUCUACCUUUCAAGCGCUUUGGAUGUAGCGGGACAUGUGUACCUGCGUCCGAGGCUUAA